AAUAUCUCGGAAGCCGGGAGCAUAGGAGUGAGCCAGAGGCUUCUGAGGUGUGCAGUCGAAGACACCCAUUCUUCUCCUUCCUUUUCCCAUCGGGCAGCAUGGACGCAGAGACGGUACAACGUGUGAACGGCUACGUAUAUAAUUAUUUACGCGAGAAAUUUCAAGGCCUUGCCGACAAAUUUCAGAAGAAAGCACAAGUGGUGCUGCUUCCCCCUGGUUCUCCAUCGCUUACAGAUAUAAUCAAGUCAUUUGAAAGUGUCCAAGGAGGAAAGCGAAAGCUGUCAGAUGGAGCCUCCCCCUCAUUGGGAGGAAUGCCUGCUAAGAAGAAGGCCAAACAUGCCUCUUCUAGCAGUGAAGACACCAAUUUCAAUGAAGCACUUGUAGGGAAGCCAUCAGCAGGAAGGACAUCCCUUGUAAAUGGUUCCAUGAAACAGAAGGGAGUUCCUGCUGGGAAAGUUACACCUAAGAAGCCUCAAGAGUCAAGCUCAGAGGAGUCAUCUGAAGAUGAGACUCCUAAGAAACCUGUAGCUUCUCCUAUGAAGCCUCACAAGCAGUCACCACAGAAAGUCAACAUCCCUCCUUCUAUUCAGAAAAAGGCUGGCAAGGAAAGCUCUUCAAGUGAGGACUCAUCCAGUGAAGAUGAUAAAGCCAAGGCUCCAGUGGCCAAGGCUGCUGCUCCACCUAGCCAGAAAUUGAAGGGCAAAACACCAAUGAAAGGCGACAGUUCAUCAGAGGAAUCAUCAGAAGAGGAAACCCCUGCCAGAAAGACUCCUGUCUUGCCUGGGGUAAAAACUCCUCAGGCAAAGUCUAAGACACAAUUGACUCAGAAGGGGAAACUUCAGAAGGAGGUUAGCUCUUCUGAAGAAUCAUCUGAGGAUGAAGCAACAGUCAAAAAGCCAACCAUAGGUACUCCUACUGGCAAGGCUAUCAUGCAUCAAAAGCCAUCACCUGUAAAACUUGCUGCUAAGGGCAAGAAAGAGAGCAGUUCAGAGGAAUCUUCUGAAGAGGAGACUCCUGCACCAAAAAAGCCUUUGACUCCAGCUGCUGUGGCCAGAGCCUCACCUGAGUCAAGCUCAGAAGACAGUUCAAGUGAAGAUGAAGAAAAGAAAUCCAAGGUUCAGAUCUUCACGCCUCAAAGUCAGACCAAGAAAAGUCCCAAGGUGACCCCUACUGUGACUAAGAUGCCAAAAGCCAAAUCGUCAAGUGAAGACAGUGAUAGCGAUAGUUCAGAUGAAAAAGCUAAACCUGCUGCUAAGAAACCAUCUCAGAUUCCAGUUGCAGCUUCUCUUAAGAAGACACCUGGAAAAGUGCCCAUCAAGAAAGAUGAAUCAUCAGACAGCAGCGAUUCAGAGAAUGAGUUAAAUGCUUCAGGCCAACCUCCAACCAAGAAAGCCAAGAAAUUAUCAACUCCAUUUAGUUCUGGUAAGGGAUCUGAGGAUUCAGAUGAUAGUAGCAGUGAUGAUGAGGAAGAAGGCCCUCCCAUGAAAAAGAAGACACCCAUGAAGAACUCUAACAAGGACUGGGUCCAUGCCAAUUUAAUUUUGGUGUGUUAUCUAAAAGCAGGGACCUCAUACCCAGGGCCAGACUCUGGUCAAGGGGCAAGAUUGCCAGAAUACCCCAAGGGAACAAAAGUUUUUGGGAUGAGGAAGAAGAGGAAGAAGGGGAAGAAGGGGAGGAAGGGGGUGAAGAGGAAGAAAACUGGCAGUCCCCUCGACCAGGACUCGGUUGGCAACAUGAUCGUGGGGGAUUCCGGGGUAGAGGUGGCGAUCGGGGUGGCGGAUUCCGCGGUCGAGGAGGCGAUUGGGGGGGUGGCGGAUUCCGCGGUCGGGGUGGCGAUCGGGGCGGUGGAUUCCGCGGUCGGGGUGGCGAUCGAGGUGGUGGAUUCCGCGGUAGAGGAGGUGAUCGGGGUGGUGGAUUCCGUGGUCGAGGAGGAGGUGGAUUCCGAGGUCGUGGUGGUGAUAGGGAUGGAGGAUUCCGUGGUAGAGGAGGUUUUCGAGAAAGGAGCGACAGGAUCGUGGGGUGAGAGGGCUUUCAGGGAUUUGAAGGAUACCAAGGGGAGAAGUUUUCGCCACGAGAAAACGAAGAAAAAGCGGGGGUCCUACCGCGGUGGCGUCAUCGACACCCAGGUCCAUUCCAUCAGAUUCCCUUCUGAUUCAGAAUGAUAUGAAACCAUCUCAUGCCAUCCCUUUUGUUCACUGUGACUGUUUUGUUUCUCCUGUUUGUCUCAUUCUCACUUGUGUUAUCUGGAUCAAUUGACUUUUUGGAGGUGAACCCAUGGACAGUUGAUGCUUUGCAGAAUAAAGUCCCUGUUGUCAAA